UGGUAGAAAAGGCGAAAAAAUUGCAAACUGUCGGCGUCUUUUUUAAUUCCAAUUUGUUUGUAGAAUUAAACAAAAAAUAAUAAUGCUAAACAAAUUCUUAUAAGCUAAUGUAAAUAACAACAAAAUUCUCCAAACUAAACAAUUUUGUAAUAAAAGUGAAUUUAGCCAGCAAAAUUCUGAGUGAAGUUUUAACCAAUUGAGCAAAUGUUUUGUUAUUAAACGUUCUCCUAAAGAAGGAUCAUCAUUGGCGAAAACACCUUUCCAUGUAAGUUGUACAAUAGACCGACCUUUUUGUGAGAAACGAAUAACACGUAGAAGAGGAAGAAGCAAAAGUAACUAGCGAUUUAUUUUGCGCUGCAUUUGUAUUACUGGAACAGUUUUGAAAAUGGGUGAUUUAUUUGAUCAACUGAAGACGGAGGGUCCCUUGAAGAAGUCACACUUAUCACCCGCUAAAAGUAUUACGCCUUCGAAAAAUAAAUAUACCAAAAGUGUGCAACAAUUUAAUGAAAAACACAAAUCAAAGUCGGGUAGCAUACGCCGCGAAUCCAUGCCUUCACCCAUUACCGUUAGUAGUGUGGUAAAAAAAUCAAAGAGUCACAAGGCCCGCAGCUUAUCUCCCCCCAAGUAUGGUGCAAAUAAUGUUAUGAAAUCGUUAAAAGUUAAAUUGGAACGUAAAAAAUUAGAAGAGUUUCUUACCCGCCCUCUUGAAGAACAUGCCAACAAUAUACGAACAAAACAAGCUAAAGUUAAAGAUGCUAAUAAGCAGCCGAAAAUGACACCAACAAAAGCACAACAAAAACUCUUUGAACCGCCGGUGCGUCAAAAGAAAACCAAGGCGCAAAUGCUUAAAGAAUUCAAUAUCAAGCCCUGUAAAGUGCGAAUACAUAGAGAUAAUCUAAAAAAACUAUCUAAAGAAUUUAAAAAGAAAAGUGCAGCCCAGAAGGAAUGCAAAAAUAAAGCCACUAAAAGACCAGCUUCGGACGGGUUUACUGGAUCGCCGCCGCAUAAAAAGGGCAAACUGUCUGCGGUGGAUUUGAAAAACAAAACUAAAACCAGUUUCUUCAUUAAACUCAACACAUCGCCAAGCAGUAAAUUAGAAAAGAAAUUAAAGAAUAUUUCAAGAACAUCAUCCUCCUCUUCGGUGGCUCAGCAUAAUAAAAUAAAAAAUUCUAAAUUCAAUACUAUCACUACGCCCACCAAAUUCUCUCGCUCCCAUUUGAUACGCUCGUUUGGCAAGCGUUUCUUUAAUGUUCAGGUGAAAAUUGAACGUUGCACCCAUCCUCUUUUGCUAACCUUUGAGUCAAAUGAACGCGCCAGACGCCUACAGGCCAAACGCAACAACAAAUCAAAAAAUCUAUCGGUAUCAUUUCGUGAACAGGUCGAAAUCUUUGGCGGCAGUUCCGAUUCAGAUGAUAGUUGUGAUGAGGAUUUUUGCGCUACGAACAAUCGCAAUAGUCGUAAAGGUAGUUCCAACAAUUCAAUUACCGUACCAGCGACACCCGUUGUUAUGCCGGCCCGUUUGAAAAAAGUCGAAAAUGGCAAAGUGGUCGAUGACAUCGAGUUGGAUCCUUCAUUGUUUUUGGAUCCGAAAGUCUUGGUAUCCAGCACACCAUUUUCACCCGGACGCAAGAAACGUGAACAUAAAUCAUUCAGUCCCCUGAAGGAUGAGAGUUCGCCAAGCCCUCGCAAGGAACAAUUGAAGUUGGCAAACGAACGAAUACCACCAAGUGGUCUGAGACGUUUAAACAUCGACGAGGAGGACGACGAUGAUGAUGAUUGUGAAUAUAUAGUACCUAUCGAAAUGCCACAACGGCGUACUUCACGUACCAGCUCCAAUACAACACUUGACGGUUUGGGUUCAACAGCUCUAGGCCUAGCAGAAUCGGCUACAAAUUUUGCCGGGAUUUUUGAUGAUGAUGCCAACACAAAUGAUAACAUUGAUUUGACCGAGGAAACCACAACAAAUAUUAACAAACAAAAAACCGGCGGAUCAAAAUCAAUCAUAACAGCAGCAAUAAAUCUCGAAAACGGUUCCGACGAUAGUUUUCAAUCUGCAAGAGAUAAUGUCGUGGAAAAUAAUGCAGCAGACAAUCAAUUACCUGCAUUGCGUCUUCUAUCGUCAUCGCCGUUACAUUUCGAACAGGAUGAUACAAACAAUGAAUUUGAACAAUUGCAACAGCAGCAGACAAAUGGCAAUGGUUGCAAUAAUGAAAGCAGCAAACAUAUGAAUACCAUAAACACUAUGGAGGAUAUUUCAAUGAAUUUGUUUUUGGAAGAUUCUCAGACUAAUGAGGACGAUACACAUGCAAAGUCUUUUGUUGAUAGUUUAAUUAAUGAAACUAUUGACAAACUAUCUAAGGAUCUUGACGAGGGAGCAACUGAUUAACAAUAUAACAAUACAUCUUGGUAUUUUGGUUCUUAACUAAAUGAUGAUGAGUGUAUUUAAAAUAUUUGGGGCAAGUUUUUUUUUAAUUAUUUUUUGCUCUACUUCUGCAUAAACCACACCAUAACACACCACCCCCCCUUCAACAUACUCUCUCUAUCUCUCUCUGUCUUACGCGCUGUUUUUAAAUUUUUAUUAUUUUGUUAUAAACAAAAUCUAACAAAUUUUUACUUAUAAUUUGUUUAAUUUUAAUAACAAUCUUUAUAUAGUUUAUACAUUCAUACAUAUAUAGUACAUACUUUGAGACAUAUAUAAACUACUUUAUAUCUUACUAAAUACCUUAAAUUAAAUGCAUACCUAUUUAGGUAUAUAAUUGUAAUUUUACAGAUAUUUUCAACACAUAAAAAGUAUAUAAAUAACAACAAUAAA